AUGUGCAACCUCAAGGGGGAAAAACAAAAUCAAUCUCAGCAAAAUCAAAACCAGAAAAGGAAACAGCCAAAACAGAAGUUGAAGCUUAAAUCAUUGAAAGCGGCUGAAGAAGGGCAAACUGCUGUUGAUUCUAACGCUAAAACAGAGGCGCCAGUCGGUCCGCCCACUCUGCGACGUAGUCCAAACGUUCAACGGCUGAAUCUGCUUAAACCUGAAGAUGAUCAGCUCUUCAAAGAUGAUCUUGAAAAAAAGAAAGAAAAUGACGGCAGUGAAAAUGAGGAAACGGAGGUUCCACCAACUCCACCACCACCGAUGGACUCUACGACGAUUGAAAUUGAAGAUGAGAAACUGCACUCUACAGCUAAUCCCGUCUACGCAACUUUGGCUUUUACAAAAUCAGCAGCAAAAUUGACAGAAAACCACUCCACCUCCUCCUCCACUGUCGCUUCUCGAAACUCUACUUCAACAACUCCAAAACGGAAAGCUCCCUCGCCGCCAGUUCAACGAAUUGCCUGCAUCUGUCCUUUCUGCUCGAGUAUGAACAAAGCCAAGGAGGAAGCUGCCGCAGAAAAGGCUGCUGCUGAAAAAGAACAACAAAAAGAAACCGAGGCAGGAAGUGAGACAACUUCUCUCAAAUGUUCCGAAGAAGUGGUCAUCACCAUGGAGCACUCGGCAGAAAAUGAAACUGCUGAAGUUGAAGUUGAGGAUGAACCAAAGGAGAAAGAAGUUGCUGAAGUGGGAAUUGAAGUUGAAGAGGAUGAGGAGGAGGAGGAGUUGCCACCGUUGCCUGAAACUCCUCAAGAAACUCCCUCACCUUUAUCUUCUUCUCCCUCUACUGAAAGCCUCGACCAGACGGCGCAGAACGCCUUGAACAGCCUUGAUCAGGCCAUCGAGGAGCUUGAUGACGCAGUGCACGAUCUGAAUGAAGAGGUCAAUGAUGAUGAGGUGGUGGUAAACUCAGGAGUUGCUAAAAAGGAUGAAGAGGAAGUUGGCGGUGGCGGUGCUCAAAAGGAGGAUGAAAAGGAUGACGUUGUGAAGGAUUCUCCAAACACCACUGUUGUAACUGUAGAGAUUAAUGCCGUCAUUGAGGAGCAGGAUGAGCAGGCAGCAAUUAAAACAACAGCAGCAGCAGAUGUUCUAAAUGGAACAGCAGAAGAAGAAAAAGAAGUUCCAGCAGCUGAGAAUGAAAAACUUGAACCAAAAGUAAAGGAAAAAGAAGUCAGUGCAGAUCAUCAAACUGAAAAGCCAUCAGCUCUCACUGAACCAAUUGAAUCGUCAUCUUUAGAGCCUUCCUCUGAAACUGCAAUUGAAAAUGGCACUGAAACCUCUAAUACCUCUUUUCCAGUGGAAGCAGAGCCAUCCCCUUCUUCACCCUCACAAAAACUGCUCAAAAAAGCAGAGCCAGCAAAAUCCACAUCAUCAGCAGCAGCAGAAAGUGCUGAACCGGAGAUCGCCUUUUUCCCACCCAAACCGAGUGAAAUAAAGAAGAGAGAAUCUUUGCGUCGUCGACAACAGUUGCAAAACGGUGAUCAGCACACGCUGGCCAUCAUCAAGCCUCGAAUCAUCAACUCGGUGAGUAAACUCAAUGGGAGUUCUGAUAAGUCGGCAAAUCCAGCACUGCCGUACAAGCCGAUCAGACUGGCUCGUACAGUGAGCGCACCGGUGAAAAAGCAAACUUCCUCUUCUGAUGAAAAUUCGAAUGGAAAUACCGAGCCGCAGUGCGCCAUCUACGCUCGGGUGAUUGACCAGAUCAAGCAGAGAGUGUCAUAUGUGGAGCCGCCAUCAAACGAACAAAGGCAGCCAUCGGCUUUUGAUGAUGAGGAGGAAGUGGUAGUGAAAACAGAAAAUGGAGGUGAAGGUGGUGGUGGUGAUGGGGGUGACAGGGCUGAAGAAGGUGAAAGUACUGAAAUGCCGGUAAACUAA